AUGCCCUCCUUUCCCGGGGCACCCUUCAUGCCGGGUGGCAUGCCGCCAAUGAUGGGCCACCCCGGGAUGAUGGGGCCGCGGCCAGGCAUGAUGGGCCCAGGCAUGGGCCCGCCGCCCGGGCCCCCGGGCCCCACCAUGCAAAUGGGCAUGCGCCCCCCCGGCCCCGCCGGCCCGCCCCUCGGCCCCACCGGCCUGCUCCCGGCCCUGCGGCGGCCGGUCGGCGCGGCAGUCGCCAAGGCUACGACCGUGUAUGUGGGCAAGAUCGCCACCACAGUUCCCGACGAGAUCAUCAGGCGGCUGCUGGAGGCGUGCGGCAGGGUCAUAAACUGGAAGCCGACCCUGGACCCGCUGACCCAGGCGCCCAAGGGGUUCGGUUUCUGCGAGUUUGAGGAGGCAGAGGGCGUGCUGCGCGCGAUCCGGCUGCUCAACGGCGUGAAGCUGGACGGGCAGGAGCUGAUGCUCAAGUCAAACACGGCGACCCAAAAGUACCUCGAGGCUUAUGAGGCCGACCGCGACGCCGCCCGCGCAGCCAAGGCGGCGGCCGCCGCGGCCAAGGCAGCCGACGCGGCCGGCGGCGACGCGGAAGGCGGGGAGGCGGGGAAGGAGGGGGGGCAGGGCGAGAUGACGGACGAGCAAAAGGAGGAUCUCGUGAUGCAGACGAUCAUGGAGAUUGUCACUGAGCGCGAGGCGGCGGCAGUACACAGCAAGGCCGUGAACGAAGUGCUUUCGGUUGCGGCCGGUGGCGGCGGCGGCGGCAACGGGCCGUCGGUCCCGGCGCUGGGCGGCGGCGGCGGCGCGCGGCGCGACGGGCCGCACGGGCGGGACGACGCGCGCGGCGGGGGCCCCGGCGGCGCGCGGGACGGGGAGGACAGGGAAAGGGAUUCGGCGGUGGACCGGGAGCGGGAGCGGCGGAGGCGCGAGGAGGAGGUGCGGAAGCGGGAGGGUGAGCGCGCCUACCAAGACCUGCUCAGCCGGUGGGAGCGCCACGAGCGGGUGCCAGAGGCUGGGCUCGGGGGCCAUGCGGUGGCGGCGCGCACGCGGGGUCGAGGCGGCGUCGGCGUCGGUGGCAGGCCGGGCGAGGUGGGCGCCCUGGCGGCGGGCGUGUGUGCGCCCACGUUUCGAGCGGCUGUGUUUGCUUGGCAGCGGCAGCAGCGAGAGGCCGGCGCGCACCGGGAAUCGCCGAGUGGCUGCGUGCGCCGGGCCUUCAGCGCUGCCUGGCAGAAUGUCGGGCCGGCCGCGGUGGCGCCCCGGCCGCCGGGGCCACCGCCCCAGCCACCAACGCGCGCGGCGCGCUCGGACGCCGAGCGCACGCGGGAGCGCGAGCGGGACCGUCAGCGGGACGCCGAGCGCGAGAGGCAGCGGCACAUUAAGGCUGACCUGGAGCACCCAGACACUGACGAUGAGCUGGAGCCCUGGAGGCGGCGCCCCCUGCGCGGCAGCCGGCGGCUGGAGGAGCGGCGCAAGCGGCGGCAGAAGGAGCUGGCUGAGGACCAGGCGGACAGUCUGGCCGAUGGGCGCGGGCCCGGUCUUGUCGGACGGGUGUAG